CCAUCAGACAACGGUUCUGUGGAACAGCAAACACACUGUGCAAAAGAUCAGUUCAAAUUCAGACGGGAGUAAUCCACUGGAGGCGACAAAAAGAGGAUCGUACAAGCUAAAAGGAGGGGAUUGGAUCAUAGUGAAGCGAAGGAUUUGAGAAGUGUUUGUAACAGCAGGAGAUACUCCAGCUGGGAACUAAAAGGGAUACGAAACAAAGCAAGGAGAGGACAAAAAGGACACAGAGCAAAGGAUACUGCUCUUUUAUUGGAUUGGUGCGUUCUCUUGGACUUCUCACUUCCCUCCUCCUGGGCUGACAGCAUAGGGGGGAGGCAACCGCCGCGAGGAUGAAGUACAACUACCAUGUGCCCGUGUCAACGUACACACGCAGCUCACAGUACACACCAACAUACCACACGCCCACCUACUACACUCCCUCAAAUUACACAGCAACUACACCGCACUACACACCCUCGUACACCUCUACAACGAAGUACACCCCGACACAGUACAGCACGACACAGUACACCACGUCACAUUACACGUCCGCCUCCAAGGCUGCAUCGACAUACGUCCCCUCGUACAGCAAAGAGUCACGGUACAGUUCAACGCGUCGCACGCAAGCGCAGGAAAAGCCAGCACCUGUGAUACCUGUCGCACCUGCAAAGAGAACUGUGCACUUCCCCAAUGACAUCAUCUUCCAGGAUAUCGUGAGACGAGGAGAUAUGGAGCAAAUCGGUCGUUUCAUGAGAGCGAGGAAAGUUCGCGUGGAUACACUUUUCCACUCAGGUAUGGCGGCGCUACACGAAGCCGUGCUAACAGGGAACUUGGAGGUGGUGAAGUUGCUGGUGAAAUAUGGCGCUGAUGUUCAUCAGAGAGACGAGGAUGGCUGGACGCCACUUCACAUGGCCUGCAGUGACGGCUACCCUGAAAUUGCCAGAUAUCUGCUGUCGGUGGCAGCCAGCACAGAGGCAGAGAACGAAAAUGGGGAGAAGCCUGCAGACCUCAUCGACCCCGAAUGCAAAGAGCUGGUCAAACUGUUCGAGAAGGGAUGUGUGUGAUCGGGCACCUAAUGGACCCGAGAGAGAGAGAAAGCAGCAGCACCAGAGAAGAAGGAAAGCCGAGCAGACACUUGGAAAAAGAAAGCAAAACAGAGUUAGGGCCACUGAUCCUGUAAAGCAAGAUGGUGGUUCUGCUUGUUAGUUUCAAAAGUUAUUUUUUUAAAUUGCAGCCUAAAAGCAAUACUCCAAUAGGCUGCAUUUCUAUUUCUGGUGGUUAUUUUAUUUUACUUUAUUUUGCGCAUUUGUGUAUUUGCCAUACUGCCGGUGUCUAUGCAGCAAAUGUAAAUCUGUGAAUAUCUCCCUGUCUUCACUCUCAGCUCAUGUAACACCAACUAUGUGUCACUAUGUUCCAGGUCUGAAUAUCUAUUCAUUUCUGAAGGAAAUUAGAUUAAUCCAUGUCCUCAUGAGCAUUUCGGUUUAAGUAGUCGAUCAAUUGUGUUAAUGCUGGUUGCACUCUGCAGACUGUAUGUUUCCAAACUAUGAUUAUACUGGGUAUUUCGUUAUUAACACAGAAUUUUGGCCGAGAUGUUUGUGCUUUAUAGACUGAGUUAUGUAUCCUCACUGCUGGGCAGAGAGAGGAUCAGCCAAAUUAAUAAUUGAUACUUCAUUGAUGGUCAGAAAUAAUAAUAAAACAAAACAAAAAUCAAGUUGAUGCUGUAUAAGCACUUUUAUACUGCUGCAGUAUUUUCCCUGAUGUAUUGCUGUUGUUUUCUGUGGUAGAAAUGCGAAUGUCAGCAAUGAAAGUCUUAUAAUUUUCUCCUUGAUAAUUAUUUUUGUACGUUUUCAUAAAUAAAGAAGCCUUUUAUAAAUAUGACUGA